UUUCAUAAGCUGUCUACAACGAAAUGGGAUUAUACAAACUAAUUUUACUCCUAACAUGGAUUGGAGUUGUACAUUCUUUUUACCGUAAUACAGCUUGUGACACAAACCCUUGCCAAAAUGGCGGAACGUGUGAGAUAUAUGGAACAGAUGGCUUUGUAUGUCAAUGUAAAGGGAACUGGCAUGGACUAACUUGUGGAGAGUUUCAGUGUCCAGUCUUCACUUGUUCUGUGCAACUUCCGUUUACAUCAUGUGCUAUAGCUCCGUGUGAAGUACACACCUGUGCCAAUUACAAAAAUGCAUUUUGUUGUAACAAUUACUGCGGCGGAUGCAAUGCCUUUUUCUAUACCAGCGGUAAAGGAAUAAAAAUACCUUCGUCACAAUGCGGAUCAACACAAGUUUCGACAGAUCCGUGUAAUCCUAAUCCAUGUAACAACUAUGGAUUAUGUAUCAAGAAGGAUUAUCACUACGAAUGCCAAUGUCCCGUAGGCUGGACUGGACCAACUUGUUUAGGAUUACAACCAGAAGAAAAGAAUUACUGUUUGCCUAACCCAUGUAAAAACGGGGGCGUGUGUUACCAACAGUUUAAAAAAGACAAAUUUGCCGAGGACGGAUAUAGUUGCGUUUGUAUGGGUGGUUACAAAGGCAUUAACUGCGACCAAUCCAGUAACCCAUGUGAUCCUAAUCCGUGUAACAAUGGCGGAGUAUGUACAAAAACAGGUGAUGGCACCUUUACAUGUACCUGUACGACAGGAUACUGCGGUAAAACAUGCAGUGAUAUUUCGAACCCCUGUGAACCAAACCCAUGUAAAAACGGAUUUUGUGUAGGGUCAACAGACGCCGGGUCUUACACAUGUAUUUGUCCAAAAGGGUAUUAUGGUCAACUAUGUGAAUGGAAUCCAUGUAACCCAUAUAACCCAUGUAAAAAUGGUGGUACUUGUCACACAGAUGGCACAAAUUGGUCCUGCAAAUGCCCUAAGAGAUAUUAUGGAUCUCUAUGCUCAGAGGAAGAGAAGUGUCCAACAAUACCAAUUGGCACUGCCGGUUCAUGUGACGAAAUAUGUAGUAGCGACGACACGUGUGCUCCAGGACAACUGUGCUGCUCUAACGGAUGUGGACACGAAUGCACGGGAGGAGCUUUAGCAUCACCAGGUUCCUGUGACUACAACCAAUGUGCUAACGGUGGCACGUGUAUUUAUUCUAGUGGUACCUACUUGUGUAAAUGUCCACAAGGCUACUCUGGAAUCCUCUGUGAUAUACACAACAACCCAUGUGAUCCAAAUCCAUGUAAACAUGGAGGUCAUUGCUAUAUAUCCGGGCAAGGAACUAGUUAUUUUUGUGAAUGUGCAACUGAUUACUAUGGCAACAAUUGUGAAAGUUAUAAUGAUCCAUGUAGUUCAAAUCCAUGCAACAACGGUGGCAGCUGUCAGCGUGAUGGUAUCUAUUACAAAUGUACAUGUAAAACAGGUUAUACUGGUCCUAGAUGCUCUGGAGAGAUAAAUUCAUGCUCCAUUCAACCAUGCAAAAAUGAUGGUACCUGCCAUACACAUGGAGCAGAUUUUUACUGUACAUGUAAAGAAGGCUAUAAUGGAAAAACCUGUAACGAUGUAGUCGAUUCUUGUUAUCCAAAUCCAUGUAGAAAUAGCGGUACAUGUACCCGAAAGCCAUUCAACGAGUUUUCAUGUAGUUGCAGAACUGGAUAUACAGGAUUAAUAUGUCAGGAUACUGAAGUCCUGGAUCCUUGCAAGGACAAUCCAUGUCAAAAUGAAGGAUAUUGUGUAGUAGAUGGUCAUAGUUAUUGGUGUAGAUGUAAAACUGGUUAUACUGGAUCUUUAUGUGAAGUCCCUCCAAUUUCAUGCAGCAAUCAGCCAUGUAGAAACGGGGGAACGUGCGAAAAUAGACCAGAUGGAAGCUACAGUUGUCGAUGUACUCCAGAAUACUUUGGACGGACAUGUACUGAAAAAAAUCCAUGUAUUCCAAAUCCAUGUGAAAACAGCGGAAAAUGUGCGAUACGAGGCAACGACCCAUUCUGCGAAUGUAUUAGGGACUGGACAGGACCGUUUUGCAGUGAUCCCGUGACGCCAACCGAUAGUUGUAAUCCUAAUCCAUGCCAAAAUGAAGGAACUUGCAGUGUAACUCCAAAUGGAUUCUCGUGCAAAUGUAAAUCUACAUUUACAGGCAACACGUGUGAAAAUCCCGUGAUGCCACCCGAUAGUUGUAAUCCUAAUCCAUGCCAAAAUGAAGGCACUUGCAGCGUUACUCAAGUUGGAUUUUCGUGCAAAUGUAAAUCUACAUUUACAGGCAACACGUGUGAAAAUCCCGUGAUGCCACCCGAUAGUUGUAAUCCUAAUCCAUGCCAAAAUGAAGGCACUUGCAGCGUAACUCAAGUUGGAUUUUCGUGCAAAUGCAAACAUCCAUAUACAGGCAACAGGUGUGAAUCUAUCGUAAAUCCAUGCGUUCCAAAUAGGUGUGUGAAUGGGGCGUGUGUACCCGAAGGAAGUAAUGGCUUCAGAUGUACCUGUACAUCUGGUUGGAUAGGACAACUUUGUGCCGAUCGAGAUGCAUGUUUAGCGACUCCAUGUGCAAAUAGUGGAGUAUGUACCAAUACUCCUGGAACUGCUGGACCAGAAUUUUCUUGUGCGUGUAUUAAUCGGUGGACUGGACCUACAUGCUCAACUCCACCAUCUAAUCCUUGUGUAACGGAUUGGUGUAUGAAUCUUGGAACCUGUGUGGUCCAACCUGAUUUCACACCCAAAUGUGAUUGUACAAGUGGAUGGACCGGCACCAGAUGUGAAAUUGCAGCAACUUUAUGUAGCCCAGGUCCUUGUACGAAUGGAGGUACAUGUAUAGUUGCUCUUGGCCAAAUGGAGAUUUGCAAAUGUCUAGAUGGUUGGAAGGGCAGUCGUUGUGAACUUACAGAUCCAUGCUUUCCGUUCCCGUGUCAAACGGAUCAAGUAUGCGUUGAUAACAAUGGCCAAGCAGCAUGUGAAGGUCAAUAGAAACACACAGAUAAAACCUAAUGGUGCGUUCGACGAUAAUAUUAAGCAGUUAACAAAAACUUUUACAAAUUUAUUUGAAUAUAUCAUGUACUUUUUACUCUUCAAUUGUCUUCAAUUCUUGAUGUACUUAAUACACUAGCUAGUACUUAACAUACAUCAACACACAUUUAAAUAUUUCUUUCACUCUCCCUAGUUGAUAUUGAUUAUUUUAAAUUGUUACACAUCCCCUACUUUCAAUAAAAUACUAAUCAAUGCAGAGCCUUUCUAUUUAGUCACUAUU